CGCGGAGAAUUUAUUCCGGUACUGGAGAUACUAGUCGGCAAGUCUACAGUGAUCGCCGAGGAUGUCGUGCGAUACCUGCUUAAGUGAGCUGCGUAGGGAAAAGUGCGGGGUCUCGGCCUGCAUUUACCCCGGGCUUUAUAAAAAUCUACGCAUAUCGAAGGGUUCCCCGAUUUAGACACUCUCGAUUGAUCAUCCGAGCUGGAGCCUGUUAGUCCAACAGUGCUCGGUUUGUCCAUCUUCUUUAGAAUUGAUUAGAGAAAGAGAUCCUUCGCCAUGGCCCCGUCGGUGGUUGGAACUGACCCCGUCCAACAGAAGACCGCUACGCCCGAUAACAGAAGUGCAACCCCACCCCAGCUGCAAGUGCUUGGUAAGACCAAGGAUGGCAGGGAUCUGAAAAUCAGAAGCUAUCCCAAGUUUGAUACGCUCGAAGAGGAGAGGUUAUACCGCAAGCAACACUUGGCAGCGGCCUUCCGAGUCUUUGCAGACCGUGGCUUCGAUGAGGGCGUCGCGGGGCACAUUUCCGUUCGAGAUCCUAUUCUUACCGACCAUUUUUGGAUCAAUCCACUUUCGGCUCACUUCUCCCUGAUCAAGGUAUCCGAUCUGAUCCUGGUAGACGAGGAUGGCCUAGUCGUGGAAGGUGACGAGCCCAUUAAUGCCCCAGCAUUUGCGAUCCACUCUGAGAUUCACAAGGCUCGACCUGAUGUUCAUGCAGCGUGCCACGCCCAUAGUGUUGCUGGCAAGGCAUUUGCGGCCUUUGGUCGGGAGCUCGAUAUGAUAACACAAGACUCACUCCGCUUCUACAAGAGCCACGGUGUAUACCGUGAUUUCAGGGGUGUCAUUCUGGAUCGAGAAGAGGGACAGCGCAUAGCUAAGGCUCUGGGUCAAGGCAAAGCUGCUAUUCUCCAGAAUCAUGGCUUAUUGACCGUAGGUCAGAGUGUUGAUGAGGCAGCAUUCUGGUUCAUGAGUCUCGACAAGACGUGUCAUGCGCAGCUAUUAGCGGAUGCAGCCUCUGCAGCUGGUUACAAGAAAAUAAUCAUCGAUGAUGAUGAAGCUGCUUACGCAGCACUUCAGGUGGGCGGCCCUGAGAAGGGCUGGCUGGCAUUUCAGCCGUAUUAUGAUGAGCAGCUUGCCAAAACUAAUGGCAACUUUCUUCUUUAAUAAGCGUUGGGCCCCGGGUGCAACUAUAGAAUACGUGUGGAUAAUCAGG